UGGAAAAUUUUCCUGAAGAAUCCCUCGCUCUCCUUCGUCAUUGCUGUUUUGGGUUAUUCUAUUAUAUAUUCUCCAGUAACAAACAUCGACAAUUUCCCGUCGCGAUGACAUCCCAAAAUCGAAGUGGAAAUACUAAUAAAAACAUUGUUGUUUGGGAUAAUGUUUGGGAUCCUGCAUUGUUGCAUCCUAUUGUACCGAUGACUACUUCAGUUGCCGGUGGCUACGCAGCAGGAGAACAACGGAAGCUCAUUGAUGCUCCUUCAGCGAUUAUCAUAAGAAAAAAUGUGGUAAUUGGUUAUCCAAAUCCUACCAGUUCAUGUCAACGAUCAAAGCAGGAAAAACGAAAACAUAGUACCAUACCGAACAAUGUUUCUGUUGACGAAAUAGUAUUGUCAUCCAAGACUGAUGCGACUGUGAUUGACAUACAAGGAACCAUCCGCAAAUGGCUCCAUCACGCGGGCGAUCGAGCACGUUACCGCCAAAAGAGGAAAAACAACGAAUAUAAAACUUAUUCCUUUAAAUAA